AUGUCCGAUCACGAGAAUAAGUGCUCGGGAGCCGAUUGCAACAACAAAGCUGGGUCCUUGCAGUGUCCAACAUGCCUAAAGCUGGGUAUCAAAGGAAGCUACUUCUGCGCCCAGGACUGCUUCAAAAGGAACUGGAGCACGCAUAAGGCUAACAUCCACAAAACAAAAAGUGACACUAAUCGCCGUGUAGCUAGCGGGCUCUACAACCCCUUUCUAGCAUAUCCGUUUAGCGGUAGUGUUAGACCCGUGUACCCACUGUCUCCGCGACGAACUGUUCCAAAGUCGAUCAAGCAUCCCGACUGGGCCGAGACAGGUAUUCCAAAGCGUGAGAUGCGGCUCAGCAGAUCGAAAUGGGACCUCUUAGAUAUGAAGGGCCAGGAGGGCAUGCGCAAGGUGUGCAGGUUGGCUCGAGAGGUCCUAGACAUCACUGCCGCAGCGCUGAAACCCGGCAUAACCACUGAUUACCUGGACGAAAUUUGCCAUAAUGCCUGUGUUGAGCGACAGUCGUAUCCUUCUCCCCUCAACUAUAACCGCUUUCCUAAGUCGUUAUGUACUUCUCCGAAUGAGAUUGUGUGCCACGGUAUUCCUGAUCAGCGAAUCCUUCUUGAUGGCGACAUUCUCAACCUGGACAUUUCUCUAUACCACGGCGGGUAUCAUGCCGACUUGAACGAGACCUACUACAUUGGCGAUAAGGCUAAGGCCGACCCGGACGCGAUUAGACUAAUUGAGACGACGCGAGAGGCACUCGAUAUGGCUAUUGCUAUCAUCAAACCCGGUACACCAAUUCGAGAAUUUGGGAAAAUCAUCGAGAAGCACGCAACGUCUCGAGGCCUUACAGUUGUUAAGACUUGGGGUGGUCACGGUAUUAACUCGGAAUUCCACCCUCCUCCUUGGAUUCCCCACUAUGCGAAGAACAAGGCUGUUGGAACAUGCAAACCUGGGAUGACAUUCACUAUCGAACCUAUUCUGACGCUGGGCACCGACCGAGAAAUGUAUUGGCCAGAUGACUGGACAAAUGUCACAGUGGACGGCAAACGCGCCGCACAAUUCGGUAUGUCCAGAUUCUUGAGAGGGUAG